AUGCAAUUGGGAGCCUCAUUGUCAGCAACGGCGAGGCGAGCUCAUGGCAAUGAACUCAAGGACAAGACGCCACUUCAAGCAAUGUCGCAUGGCGAUGUUGUCUUGAAAGGAAUCCCAACACACCCAGACUUUGCAUCACACCGGAAAUGGCAGCUGGAGCAUAUGGCUGCCGCCUUUCGUCACUGGCACCGAGAAGGCUACGUCGAAGGCAUGAGUGGUCACAUUUCUGUUCGUGACCCCGAGUUUCCCAACGCUUUCUGGACGAACCCUUUGGGCCGUCAUUUUGGACUCCUCAAGGUCAGCGACAUGAUUCUUGUCAACCUUGACGGCGAGGUCAUUGGUGGAAACCGUUCUCGACCCCCAAACACAGCUGGUUUCCUCAUCCAUGCGUCAGUCCACAAAGCUCGACCUGACACACAUGCCAUCUGCCACUCUCACAGCAUCCAUGGAAAGGCGUGGUCUGUCUUUGGUCGUCGGCUCGAGAUGCUGACACAAGACGCCUGCAAAUUCCGAGGAGAUGCCCAUAGCGUUUACAACAGCUACGGAGGAGUGGUACUGGGAAGCGAAGAGGGUGAUCGCAUCGCCGCGGCUCUAGGCCCCCGAGGAAAAGGCUGCAUCCUACGAAACCACGGCAUUCUCACCGUUGGGCAGACUGUGGAUGAGGCCGCUUGGCUGUAUACCUCGAUGGAAAACACAUGCCGUGUGCAGCUUCUCGCCGAGGCUGCUGCUGCGAAUGGCGUCCCCAAAGUUCUCAUCACAGACCAGGAAGCCAACUUCAACUUUGACGUUGAGAGCGACCCAGAGAUCUGUUACUGCGAGUUUCAAGUGUACUAUGAUUUGGAGGAUGAAUUGUCGAAUGGAGACUUCAAGAACUAG